AUGGCUACAACCAACAAGCUCAUCCGAAAUGCAUACGGAUUUCGUUCUCUAUGGCAUGUUGCUCUGUUGUUGCUCUGCAAUGGCUGUGCUGGCAAGCGCCGUUGGGAAUAUGAACCUCUGUUUGCUAGUUCUACAGCAACGAAUGCAUCAAAACUGAACGUGGAGACAAGUGUUGACCGUGUGGGACGCGGCGAAUAUGCCAUAACGGCUAAAAUAUUUUAUGAUGAUGAUGUGGACGAGAGCACUAUGUUCGAGGCCGCGAGCUAUCGCAGCAAGUCUGGCAGCGAGGAUGACUACGAGGUGCUACCCUGGAAGAACAUAAAGCAUUGCUCGAAUCUAACAGAACCCGACAACGCCUACCCUUUGCCUAAGGACGUCUACUUCUUCGACAAGUGUGUGGUCACCGGAGAAGAUUUGCCUGAGAUUCUGUUGGAGGGUUACUAUAAGAUCGUAUUCACAGCUAGGAAAAUGUGUGAGAUUCAAAAGUUAACAUUGGACGCAACGACAAUGUUUUCGCUUUGGACUCUUACAACGAUUAUUGGCAUAGUUGUGCUCUGUGUCAGCUGCAGCGCCAAGCGCCAAUGGGAUUACGAGCCAUUGUUCAUAACUGGCCGCACAUCGGACGCAUCAAAAUUGACAAUUGAGACCGAAAUUGAACGCGAACGACGCGAUAAAUUCAUAUCAGCCACGUUUGGAAUUAACUACAAAAUCGACGAGACGACAAUGGUAGAGGCCAUAGCCUAUCGCAGCCAGUCGGGCAACGGCAAUGACUAUCAACUGGUGCCCUGGUCCAUACCGAAGCAAUCAUUUCAGGAUUACAUCAACGGCUAUUACAAGGAGGUGAUCUAUUCAAAUCUUGGCGCCUGCUCGAAUCUGCCAAAGCCCGGCACCGAAUCGCCAUUUCCCUCAAUGACAAUCAAGCUGGAUAAGUGUGUGAUCACAGGCGAGGGUAUGCCCGAAAUGGCGCCCGAGGGCUACUACAAGAUUCUAUUUAGCGUUACCGGCGAGGUCGAAUGGGGCUUUGAGCUCAUAGCUAAGAUUUUCUCGAAGAGUAUGAUGGGUUAAUAAUUAAUGCAAUAUAUUUACAAUUAUUCAAAAUAAACAGGUUCCCUAAAGU